UUGUUGACAAACAAUAUCAAUCGAAGUGGAAGUGAAACUGUUUGCUGUCGUGAUUACAAAAUAAUGUUUUGUUCAAACGAAUUCAUUUAGAAACAAAAAUGGCAUUGGAUUCCUUUAAUAACCUACGGCGGUCAUUAUGCGGAGGCUGUUUGAGUUCAGAUAGGAAAUUAUCAGAAACCAAUUAUGAAUACAAACAUUUAUUUGGUGAACUCGUCGGAUCCACUAAUCAGAGUGCGCACACUAGCCUAUGUUGGGAAUGUAUUAAGAAACUAAAAAAUAUUCGAGAUUUCAAAGGACAAGCAAGGAAAGCACAAGAUCAGCUACUCCAAUUAGUUAAGGAUCCGUUGUUCACUUUAUCAAAGUUGAAAUUCAGUAAAACAGACAACAUAGAUGUAUUGGCAAUUAAACGUAACAAUAAAUUAAUUUCAAAGGAUAAUAAAUUGAUAGCAAAUAAGAAAAGAGCUCUAUCGCAUCACAACGGACCAGAAAUCACGUCAGCUUUUGGAUCUGUCAAUCCAGAUUCAAGUUUUUUGGAAAUUAAUACAUUUGACUGUCAUGACGGAGAUGACAGUACAAAUUCAAAAGUACCUGUUCACAGUAAUGAUGAUGAGGGUAAUGAAACAAAACCUCUUGCUUUUAUCAAAGUAGAAUAUUCGGAUAGUGAAAAUAUAUUGAGUGAAUUUGCCGAUGAAGGCUUGACGAAUGAUGGUGCUAAUGCGGUAACAAAAGCGAAAUGUAAUAAGGUCAGAUCAAAGAGACGCAACAGGACAGCAGAUGAGUUUGAUGAGUCUGAUGAUGAGCCCCUCACUAAGAAGAGUCGUUCAAAAACAGAUACGGUGGCACCGAAAUUGGACCGGAGAAAGAACCCGGGCCCGAAACGCGAGAAGCCGCCGGGUGUUGUCAACAACAGCCGCGUGAGGAAGAAGCUGGAGCAGCUCAACGUGCGCGCCGACCUGUUGGAGAUGGUCGUGCUGUCCUGGGAGGAGGUGGCGCAGGAGCGGCGAGUGGCCCUGGACAGCGCCGCGUUCACGAGGCACGACUACCGCUGCGCCGACUGCAUCGUCGGCUUCAACCACAAGUCCAAGCUGCUCAACCACAUGAAGAAGCACGACCCGUCCUCGGGCAGCCUGGUGUGCGAUAUCUGCAAAGUCCGCUGCAAAGACAACAACGCAUACUCGGCGCACCGCCGCCGGCACCGCGUCAGGUUGAGAUUGAACCUGGGACCGACCGUAAUCGGGCCGCGCGGCAUCACUCGGAAUUCCAUGUACCUGCGACCGACUGACCUGCCUGUCCAUAUCAGCGUAGUCAUUCGAUGGACUGGAUGGCGCUGCCGCGCGUGUCUGUCGGCGUGGUCCCGCGCCGCCGUGGGGGCCGACCACUGCGCGAGGGCGCACGGGGCCCCGCCCCCCACCCACACCUGCCGCGUCUGCGGACGCACCGAGACGUCGCUGGGCCGACUGCGCAGCCACGUGCAGGAGCACGCCGAGCGGCAGCGCUGCGAGCUGUGCGGGAAGACCUUCCGGGACAAGACCUCGCUGAGGACGCAUCUCUUUAUCCAUAAAGGCGAGAAGGACUUCGAAUGCAACAAGUGCGGGAAGCGGUUCGUGUUCAAGAAAGCGAUGGAGAUCCACAUGAUCACCCACAACGCGUCCUCGCUGCUGUACUGUCAUCACUGCGACAUGAACUUCAAGAAUGAGAUGUCCUACUAUCAACACAUGAAGUACAACUUAAAGCACGUGGACCCGGCCAAGUUGAAGUACGCGUGCGAGCUUUGCGACAAGAAGUUCGUGAAGGCGGCGCGGCUGGAGGAGCACAACAUGGCGGUGCACCUGAAGAUAGCGCCCAUCAGGUGCUCCGUGAGCGGCUGCGAGUUCGCGUGUCCGUCCCGCGCGGCGCUGCGCACGCACACGCGCCGCACGCACCGCCUCGCACGCGCGCUGCGGAACCACGUGUGCCACGCCUGCGGGAAGGCCUACACGACGAAGAAGACUCUGGAGGGUCACGUGAGGUCGCACACCGGCGAGAGGCCCUUCGCGUGCACGCGCUGCCCCUCGACCUUCCGAUACGAAGCGGCCCUGUACAACCACAACAAGCUGGUGCACGCGGCGCGGCAGAAGACGUAGCGACUCCAGGUGCCUCCAUCCCGACGGUGCUGACACCGGAGCUAAUGUCACGGCAACGCUCGAUCUCUACUUAUAGGCAUUGUGAAUUAAUUAGUCGUUAUAAACUUUGUAAUUACAAAAAUAAAUUGCUUGUUUUUCGCCUGGUUGCGUGAAGAACAGACAUAUUUGAAGAAA